UUGUGAAAAGUAUAUCUUAGCAAUUUUUAAUCUUAACUGACUUUCAUUCUUGCAACGGACAUGACGCAAUAGUGAUAAAAUGUUCAAUGUUCUGGAUUACACGUAAUGGUAUAUAGCUACUGAAAUAUUAGGCUAAAGAAAACGUUGCUAUGAAUCGAAACUAGGGAAAACAUCAAAAAAUUCUAGUUUACAUUUAGUGGGAAAAAGUAUCUGAAAUAUCGUCAGAAAUAUCUGGAUAGGUUUCUUAAACGAAACUUGAAAGCGUGAAAGAAGUUUGAUCGUAUUUAGUGGAAUAUCGAUUAAGGAAUAUCAAAGUAAAAAAAAUCUUCAUACAUUUUUAGAAACGAAACUUGAAAGCAUAAAAAUAAUUUGGAUUGCAUUUAGAAGAAUAUUCAAUUAAUAAAUAUCUUGACACGAAUAUUUUGAAUAGAAAUAAAAUAGUGAUUGAGUAUUAUUAAACUACGUUUAGUUUGACAUAUAUUAAAGUCAAGUAUUCCAAAUUUGAAUUUGCUGCUAAUUAUAAAUCAAUGAAUAAAUUGGUGAUUUAUUAGUAAAAUAUUAAUAAAGUUUAAAAUAAAUUGUGCUCCGUCAAAUCUACAUUUUGUAAAUUUUUCCUUUGAACGAAAUGGUAAAAUAUUAAAACCAUCGUUAGGGUUCGAAUUAUAGUACUGUAAAUCAACUUAUCAUUUGGGAAAAACCAAUCUAUUUAUGCAUUUUAUUUUAAAUGCAAAUCUAAUUUUUAUAGAGGCCUAAUAAGGUUCAUUAAUCCAGUGAUUUGUUUUGAUAAAGAUAUUCUUCUUGAAGAAAUUCAUAUUUCAUAAUUAGUGAAUCAUUACUCAUUGAACGUAAGGGAUUUUCGUAAUUAGUUUCCGAAUAAUAUUUUCUCUAUUUGCAUCAAAAUCGUGUUCUAAUUUAUAUAGAACUGAAAUAAUUGAUAAGGCCUUGGAAUAUUAUUAUCAGAUAAAAUCAUUUUCGUUCAUGUGCAUUCAAAAACUUUGAUAAAAACUAAGUACAAUUUUGAUGUUUUUAAAAUUAAGAACUAAAACAUUGAAAAAGAUCUACCGAAAAUGUACACAAUAAUGCUUUGUAGAUUCAAAAUCCUUAACUGAUUUUAAUACAAGAGUCUACUUUUACGACAAAAUACGAAAAUUUAAAAGAUAUCGUGUGAAAAGAAUAAUAAUAGAAGAAAAAUGACGGAAUCGGCACCAUCAGAAGUGAAAAUGCCCACUGAAGAAAUUAAAGAACCUAUGACCAUUAAACCGCUUAGCGCCAUUGCUCAUCGUAUGUUCCACCCGCCAAAACUUGAAAGAAAACACAGCAGUGGAGAUUUGCACAGUAGACUGAAGACAAGAAAGAUUUUAGGUGUUGGGGAAACAGAUAACGGCGAUAUCCACAGAUCAAAAAUCAGCCAGCUCCUUGGUCAUAAUGAGCAUCUUUACGUCAAGUUUCCCAAGGGUUAUUCGACUUGGCACGUUUCUAUGGCUCUCAUAUUUGGCCUGUUUGGCUUUAUUAAUCUAUUUUAUCCAGAUUAUUCCUUUGAUAUUCCGAAAUGGAGUGGAGAGACAUCACAUCAAUUUGACAUAGCUUGCCGAUAUUAUGGCUGCACUUCCCUAGCUAUUUCGUUUCUUUUUGUGUCCUUUUGGGGAACAAUGGACAAGGGAGUGGUGAGAACACUUUUGCUUACAGUAGCCCUUUGCCACAGCCUACAGGUACUGGCAUUGUUCUCUACAGAGUGGGGUCACUUGCUGAAUUGGCGUACGCUUCUUCACUUGUUGAUACGCAUUGCCCUUGUCUUACCAAACGCUUACUUCUAUCGCAAUAUUGGAUUUUGCGGAUUACGGAUGCGGAAAUCGACAUCUUUCAACAAUCUCAGAGACUGUGGAAGCACUAACAACAGCCAAUACAAAUAAAUAUCUGAAAUUCAAUUACCUCCUACUUUCUCCUUCAUGUAGCUAUAUCGGUGCUAUUUUCUUUAAAAGGACAACGCCUAUUUAGUAUCGCGUAACUGUCAUCGCGCCUAUAGCAAUUCACAGAAAUGGUUGUUUUGUUUGGAAAUACAACCUGGCGUGAUUUCGGAGUACUGGUUUAUUGAAAUGACGAUAGCAUAAAUUUUUGUUUGGUGAUAGCCAGCUUGAUUUGAAAUUUUAUUUUUGAACCAAAUUGGUGUUAAAAUAUGUUUCUUUUUUAUGAUAGCUGCCUAAAUCUUGGCUAUUGAAGUACAAGACCGGAGGAAUAUAUUUUUUGUUUGAAGAUAGCUGUCAUGAUCCGAAAUUAUAUUUCUGAACCAAAACGAUGUUAAAAUAUGUUUCUUUUCGAUGAUAGCUGUCAAGAUCUUGGUUAUUGAACGACUAGACGAGAGCAAUAUUUUUCGUUUAGAGACAGCUGUCAUGAUCUGAAAUUAUAUUUCUGAACCAAAAAAGCUGUUAAAAACAUGUUUCUUUUUUAUAUAGCUACCACGAUCUUGGUUACUGAAGGACUAGACCAAAGCAAUAUAUUUUUUGUUUAGAGACAGCUGUCAUGAUCUGAAAUUAUAUUUCUGAACCAAAAAAGCUGUUAAAAGCAUGUUUCUUUUUUGUAUAGCUACCACGAUCUUGGUUACUGAAGGACUAGACCAAAGCAAUAUAUUUGUUGUUUAGAGACAGCUGUCAUGAUCUGAAAUUAUAUUUCUGAACCAAAAAAGCUGUUAAAAACAUGUUUCUUUUUUAUAUAGCUACCACGAUCUUGGUUACUGAAGGACUAGACCAGAGCAAUAUGUUUUUAGUUUAGAGACAGCUGUCAUGAUCUGAAAUUAUAUUUCUGAACCAAAAUGGUGUUAAAAUAUGGUCCUUUUUAUGAUAGUUGCCAAAAUUUUGGUUAUUGAAGAAGUUAAAAAAGUAAAAGUUUUCGUUUGGAGAUAGCUGUCAUGAUGUGAAAUUAUAUUUCUUAAACUGCUGGACCAAAAUAGUGUUUAAGAAAUGUAUCAUUUAAUAGUAGAUAGCUGCCGAUUUUGAAUUUAUAUUGCUGUGCCUAAGGCUCCUAUACUAUCAGAGCUGACCUAUCAAGCAAUAUUGGAGCAAACAAGUUCGCAAGUUAACGUUAUGUUAGUAUCAGUUAUGUUAUGAGCUUAUAUUAGCUCUUUGCUCCAAAAAUAAAUGAUAAGUCGGCCUGUCUAAUUUAGGGGCUCUAGCUGAACCAAAAUGGUGUUGGAAAUGUUUCUUUUUAGUGAUGGCUGCCAUGGUUUUAAAUUAUUGAGGGGCUAAAAUGGUACAAACCAAUGUUCUGUCUCGGAGAUAGCUGCCUUGAUUUAUGUAUUUAUGGAUAGAAAUUUCGUUUUUUUUUUUUUAAUAUUCUUUGACUGUUAUUUAUCUAAGCGUGGUUCUUUUAAAGGAAAUGUACCGAACUCGAUGGUUAUCAAUCUAAUCACUUGUAUAUUAUGAAAAACAAACAAGAUGGAAAACUCGGUGUUGUCAUAACAUAAUGUACUUGCGUAUAUGUGUCUUCACGUACUAUAUGGUUAUAUUUUAGAAUGAUUUCUAUUUAUGGAAUUUAUGCCUUAUCAUUACUGAAUCAUUCAAUUUCAGCAAUGAAAGGGGAAUCACAUUUGAUUUAUUUCGAUGUAAAAUAAAUUAAAUAAAUCUUGA